AGCCAUGAAGUCCCGACAAGCACAUAUAAUUUCUCACAUUGCUGCGCUGCUGUCUCUCGUCAACGACUCUCUUCCAUCUUCAAUCUCAAGAAAUACACCAUGGAGGAUGGCCCAGUGAAUUUGAGGGAGUUUCAAGAGCUUGCCAAGCGAAAUCUGCCGAAGAUGUACUAUGACUACUUCAGUGGAGGAGCAGAAGACCAAUUCACCUUACGGGAGAAUGUGGAAGCAUUUCAAAGAAUCAUGUUAAGGCCAAGAAUUCUUGUAGAUGUUAGCAAAAUAGAUAUGUCAACAACAUUGUUGGGGUAUAAUAUGUCGUCACCUAUCUUGGUUGCACCCACUGGGAGUCAGCAAUUAGCACAUCCUCAAGGAGAAUUGGCGACGGCAAGGGCUGCAGCAGCAUGCAACGCAAUAAUGGUACUGUCAUUCGCAUCCAAUUACUCUCUCGAGGACGUUGCUUCCACUUGCAAUGCUGUUCGCUUCUACCAGUUAUAUGUGUGCUCUGGUUUCCUGAAUAAGUUGUUUGGUCCCCUUUUCGAUACAUUUUGUUUGCGCUUCCAUUGUUUUAUCACUUGUUCUUUUGAGCAAUUCCUUCAGGUAUUCAAGAGACGAGAUGUUUCGGCGACACUAUUGCAAAGAGCCGAGAGAAAUGGGUAUAAGGCCAUUGUUGUAACAGUCGAUACCCCGAGGCUUGGAAGAAGGGAAGCAGACGAAAAAAACAAGAUGAUUAUACCAAGGAAUUCGAACCUUGAAGGUCUGAUAUCAGUAGAUGCCGAUCUAACAGGUGGCUCUAAACUUGAGGCCUACGCAUCUGAAACUUUGGAUCCUUCUUUGAGUUGGAAGGAUAUCGAAUGGUUAAAAUCCAUCACAAAAUUGCCAAUUAUAUUGAAGGGUAUCAUCACUGCAGAAGAUGCUAGAAAAGCAGUAGAUGCUGGAGUAUCUGGGAUCGUCGUCUCAAACCAUGGUGGUCGCCAGCUUGAUUAUACACCACCUACAAUAUCUGUCCUCGAGGAGGUAGUAAAAGCUGUUUCAGGAGCAGUUCCUGUACUGCUCGAUGGAGGAGUUCGUCGUGGAACAGACGUGUUCAAGGCCUUAGCACUCGGUGCCAAAGCUGUAAUGAUCGGAAGGCCUGUGGUUUAUGGCCUUGCGGCGAAUGGGGAGCAUGGAGUAAGAAGCGUGAUCAAGAUGCUUCAGAAUGAAUUGGAGCUUACCAUGGCCCUUGCAGGCUGCCCCACUCUCAGGGACAUCACCAGGAACCAUGUCAUGAUCAACCACGAGAGGCCGAGAUCGCUGCUAUGAAUUGUGUGCCACACAUCUGAACAAGGUGGAUUAAAGUUCAUCAUGUUCAGAUCUGUGGUCAUAAAUGUUCAUUAUGAUGGAUCAUAAGAUGCCGAGAUCACUGCUAAUUGUUGUCUUGUUGUUCCAAUAAUGGAUGUUAUCACUCUUCUGAGUUCUCUUUAGGGCUCGGCCCUUGUGAUUUCGAACUUGGAUUCUGUCGAUGGUCGACACAGAAGGUUCCUGAGUUAAUUACGCUUGGAUGUUGUUGUCUUAUAGAUGUAAUCUGUCUGGCUGAGUGGAGUUGCUAUUGGUUUGAACAUAUGCACUUCAACAAAUCAAUGCUACUACAAGUUCAACUCUGCAAUGGUGAACUUUUCCAUGUCCA